AUGCAACGCACUCUCUCCACCGCUUGUGCUACUGUGGUAGUGGCUGCAUGUGUCUUCAACGACGCCAAUGCACACGGAUACAUUUCCAAGCCAGCUGCCCAGUUUGUUAACCCGGCCAUCCAAACGAAAUAUGCCAAGACCAUUACAGCCGACGUCAACAGUGCCUUUAAUGGUCUCAAGUGGGACGAUAGUCCAGUAGCAAACGCUGCCACUUUUACCUCGUCGUUUGCCAAUGCGGGCUAUGCUUCAUUGAGAGAUAUGCUCGACCAGCAAGUUUCGGAUUGCGCCAACACUCGCACGGACGUUUCUCCAGUCGAUGUGUCCGGCCUCACUGUCAUGAACUGGCAAAACGAUGAGGAGCAUAAAGGAUUCAUUGACUCGCACCAUGGCCCGUGUGAAGUCUGGAUUGACGACAUUAUGGUAGACCACCAAGAUGAUUGCGUUGCGACCUACGGCACCGGAUACCCCGCCAACGUGAAAGCCGACUUUUCUCAGUGCUCUGGUACUUGUACCUUACGCUUCUACUGGCUGGCACUCCAUGAGCCCAAGUGGCAGGUCUACAAGCAAUGUGUGCCCAUUGUGAACAGCAAGCCGAGCGUGCUAGCAUUGGGCACCGUGGUCCCUGCUAGCAUGGCACCCGAUGUUGCUACCGACAGCAGCUACGGAUGCCAGAACCGCGCGCUACGCACAAAUAAAGAUGCUCCGACGCAUUUGGCCAAUGGCGUUAAGGUCGAUUGGACGGACAGCCGCUUCCUUCGUGCAUUCAACGAGUUUGCCGCAGGCUAUGAGACGAGCGACUGA